GGAUCCCCACCGCCGGGCCGCGGUGUUGCUCCGCCCCGGUGUGAUUCAUGUGGGGGAGGCGCGGCGGAGCGGACCAUCUCCCGCUGUUAGAUCCGCUCUGGAACAUAUGCUAACCAGCUAACACACUAGCUGACAGUGUGACAGCCAUGGGCCUCGUUACGGGCCGCCUCUUGCCGCACAAACCGCGGGGAGACCCGUAGAGCCGGGCCGGAUGAGGAGCUGUCCACCCCUGGGUAAAAGGAGAUCAUCCUGGCUGUCAUCCUGGUGGCUGCAGAGAGUCGUCUGUGAGCGGCUUCAGGCCGUGAAGAACCGAGGGGGCGUUGCUGCCUCUGAGGGCUGCUGAAUCACAACAACACACCACCAGUUAGCCUCACUCCCAAGCAGUGAUGGACAAACCGGCGUCGUGGUGAUGAGCAGCAGUGAGUGUUUCGGUUGUGGCCGCAGUGGUCACUGGGUGAAGAACUGUCCGAGCGGAAGCGGGAGUGGGAGUGGGGGCCGAGGUCGAGGGAAAGGACGCGGCAGAGGAAAAGAUAUGUUUUGUUAUCGCUGUGGGGAACCCGGACAUGUCGCCAGAGACUGUGAGCGGACUGAGGACGCGUGUUACAACUGCGGCAGAGGAGGUCACAUCUCCAGAGACUGUAAGGAGCCGAAGAAGGAGCGAGAGCAGCUGUGCUACAACUGUGGGAAAGCUGGACACAUGGCCCGCGACUGCAACCACGCCCACGAGCAGAAGUGCUACUCCUGCGGUGGCUUCGGACACAUCCAGAAAUGUUGUGAGAAGGUCAAAUGCUACAGGUGUGGGGAGAUCGGACACGUGGCGGUGCACUGCAGCAAGGCGUCCGAGUUGAACUGCUAUAACUGCGGGAAGUCAGGUCACCUGGCCAAGGAGUGCACCAUAGAGGCCACGGCUUAGCCGCCACACAAACCCUGACCUAGACCUCGCUCUCUUUUAUGUCUUCUUUUUUUCUCUUUACUCAUUCCCUGUGAUCCUCUUCUUCUCAUUGGUCUGGAGUCAUGUCAGUCAGACUCGCAGCAGCCAAUCAGAGGAGACGGAGGAAGAACAAAGGGUGGACACUAAAAAACAAAAACAACUUUCUUCAGCAUUUUUAAAAGAAAAAAAAAGAAUUGUGUUUUUAUUUUGGUAGCAGUAUCAUAAUGUGCAAAGCUUUGUUUAAGAAUCCUUUCAGCCCAGCCGAUUGGCUGACAGAGUAAAAAAAUAUUAAGCCCCGCCUCUCAGCUCUGGAGUGGGCGGGGCUUUGACUGAGGUAAAUAUUUGACGGAAGUUUCUUUCUUCCAACAUGUUGAUCACCUUUCUUUUCUUUUCUGGAAAAAAAGAGUUUGUCAUCAGAAACAUGAUUGGCUCUGACUCCAGCUAACAGCCAAUCACCUCGCACGUAUGAUCAUGUAUGAACGAAAGAGCCAAUCAGAGUGGGUUGCAGCAGAAAGAUCAUGAGUUCUAAAUAUUUUUAAGGUGCUUUUUUUCUGUUUGGACCUCAUGGAGCGACUAACCGAUGGAGAUGGGUGGUGAUGAUGAUAACACUUUUGAAAAAAAUGUUUUUAAGUUUGAGAGACGAAAAUGUUUUCACACAAAAAAUCCAAAUGUUAUUUUUGUACAAUAUAUCACUUAGAGCUACUAUAAAAUGUCUUUGGUUGUACUGCAGCCUCUAAGUUUAAUCUGACAAUAAAAACAUGGAGGAGGGCGAAGAGACGUA